CAGAAAUCUGUACCAGCAGCACUGUUAAAUUAAUCUACAUACACUGGCUUGCAUUCAUUCGCGUUUGUAGCCCACUGUAACGUUAAGACCUAAACAGUUAACAUUUACAGUUCCUAGCCGCAGACUUACUCACACUCAUCAUCCGGGCGGUGCCCCGCUAUAAAUUCCUGCUCUGCUUCUUGACCAGCUCUCGCACAGGAUAUUUAGUACGUUCUUUCAUCUUCAGGUGAUCCUCUGCCUAUUAUCAACUCACAAUGCCGUCUGAUCUGGAAAAAGCAAUGGAGACUCUGAUCAUGGUGUUUCACCGUUAUGCUGACACAGAGGGUAGCAAAGCAUCCCUGAGUCGCAAAGAGCUCAAAUUGCUGAUGGAGAAAGAGCUGUCUAGCUUUCUGAAGUCUCAGAAGGACCCUGCUGCCAUAGACAGGAUUAUGAAGGAUCUGGACUCUAAUGGAGAUGGAGAGGUGAAUUUUGAAGAGUUUGUGUCUCUUGUGGUGGGCCUGUCCAUUGCCUGUGAACAGCUCUACCAGAAGCAGAUACAAGCAGCGGGUGUCAAAAAGCAUUAAAUAGCCAAACAUGAAGGGAAAAAGGAAUGUCUGUUUUUCUGUUUCGUCAUUUUGUUAAUAUAUUUUACGCUUUCAGCCACAUGCCUCGAUUUGAAGUUGUUACUACAGUUACACUGUAUGUAUGUAUGUUUUGUCAUUUUUGUCUAGUGAUGUUCAAAUUUACUUGUAGUUUUUAUAAGUAUUUGCAUUAGACACAAAAUAUAUCGUUCUCAGAAGUCCUGUAAGUUUCACCAUGGAAAUAAACACUCAGUGAUUUUCCAGA